AUGUACGAAAAUGUUAAAUAUCGAUUCUCGCAUCUACCAAAUACUCUUCAACUCUGUAUAUGUCAAAUAAACGAACGUGCCAUGACAUUUUCUGAUCCAAUUGGUGUUAAAGUGACAGGAUUGAAUGAAGAGACUGGUGAAAUAAUGCUCAAUUGUCAACGGGAGAAUGUUAAAUUUCGAACGGAGCCGCGUAAGAAAGUGUUACGCGAUGGUAAACAUUCGAUUCUCGUAGAAAAAAAUUUUGAAAUAAAAUACGAGCUUGUGCGAAGCAGUGACGUAAUAAGGACAAAAAAGAAUUUAUUGAAAAGAGUCGCCUUCUUUUGUCAUUUGUUGUGUCGCCAAUGUUGA